UCAGGGGUUAAUUUAUUUUUUCAAUAUUUAACAUGAUUUUUGAAACAACUUGGAAGCUCACCUCCAAAAAAAAACGUAAACCCGGAUUGUUAUAAUAAUUAUAGCUCCAUAAAUUGUUUGUUGAAUAAAGCACACUAUUCGGGCGCCUGCUAAAAUGUCAGUAUGCCAUUUAAGUAUGUCAAAAUACAACCCUAUGAAUAAACCGGUUCAUUUAACAAUGACAAUACUGUCAUUAUGCUGUCAUUCUGAUACUUCGUGUUGUCGGACGCGAGUUUCUUUUUAACACAAAAAUGAGUGCGAAGUCUAAUAUAUUAAAACAUGCAAUGCGACGGUCAAAUAUGAAGAAAUGGGUUGAACGUCCUCGACGAAUAGAAAAAGUAUGGACAACCGAAGAAUCGAGGAAGCUUGUGGAGUUCAUAGAAUCAAGAGAAGCUAUAUGGGAUUUUUCCUCCGUAUUGUAUAAAAAUCGGGAAGUUCGACACAAAAUCUGGGUGGACAUCGCUAUGUUUACCAACCACAGCGUAAACGAUGCAAAAAAUUAUUGGAAUAAUUUGCGUUCUCGAUUUAAUACAGAGCGGAAAAAAGCACUCGCGUAUGAAAGUUUACAUCCGGGAAGCAAAUUUGAAUCGGCUUUCGAAUUAUAUUUGCCUAUGCAGUUUUUAACUAAAUCAGAAGCGCAUAAACUCAAAGCAAAUGUAAAGAGGGAAAAUUUGCACUCCGAAACAAAAAGUAAUACUUCUCUGGCGAAUCCACUACAAGAUGAUAGUGAUUUGGAGUACAAUAUAAGCUCGGAUGAUUCUUAUAUAAUGGGCAAUAAUUAUGCUGCUUUGAUGAUGCGUGGUGGCGAUAAUUGCGCGAUUGAUAAUGAACAAACUCUCAAUAAUGAAAUUGUUUUGAAACAAAGUUCACAGCUUUUGCCCGAAAAUGAGGCUUGUGAUUUAGAAAAUUUUACGUCGGACCCUUUAUCAUCUGUGCCGCCUGUGAAGUCGUUUACUAACAGACCGCAGGAAUUGCAUACAAAUAGAAGAUGGAAAGAAGUAUUUUCGGAAUUCGUAUUAUGCGAGCUUGAUAGAUAUGAGUACAACGAUGCACAGAGAUUGAAAACACAACUGGCGCAAGUUUGCCUAAAUUUUGAGCCAACGAACGAGUGAUGAACUGUUUGCUGUUAAUAAUGUUAAUUAGAAUAAAAUAAAAUGGAUUUAUAUGUAUGUGUAUACAUACGUAUGAAAUAAGUAUUUUGUACGUAAAUUAUAUACCUAAGUACAAAGGAAUUUUUUAAUAAUAGUUUACCGCUACCCAACAGUUUAA